AUGAAACCUCGCGGCUUCCCAGAGAAAGGGUCCGAAAGGACAACUCCGGCUAAACCCACUUCACGGAAUCUUCGAGAGCCGAGAUCUCGCAGUCCCUCAUCCCGUACCUUCCAUCUUUUUCUCCCCCGCCCCCUCCCAUCUCUCAGUCCUAAGGACUUCCGGAUCCAGACCGGAACCGGAAGUUCCUGGAAGCGGGGGGGUGGGGCCGAAAGUCAAAAAAAGGCGCGGUGA